AAGCACGUACAAUUUUCCUCACCAUUUUACACUUUUACAGAAACACGAGGCAAAAAUGCUAAGUUUUGCAGGCAAUAAUUUUUCAGUGGAGAAAAAGCUGUUCAACAAUGGGCUUCAUCAGCUCUUUAACUGUAAGCUUUGGCCUUGACCUUUUUAAAAAUUUAAGCUAUAAAUAUACUUUUCAAUAUUAUCAUGAAUUUCAGCAACUAGAGAAACCCCAAAAACAAGAAAAGAAAAAAAAAAAGAAUGAAAGAAGAUUUGGGUUUUGAUUAUUACACAUUUCUCAUCUCAAAAUCCAUUAAAAACAAGAACUUGAAACUAGGCUUACUUUUACACUCACAUUUUAUCAAAAAAGCUUUAACCUUUAAUUCCUUUAUAACCAACCAUCUUAUAGCCAUGUACUCAAAGUUCAAUGAAAUAAAAAGUGCCCAAAAGGCCUUUGAUGAACUUCAUGUGAAAAACAGCCAUUCUUGGAAUAUGCUUCUUUGUGGGUAUUUACAACAUGGUCACUUUGAUAGAGCUCGUAACUUGUUUGAUCAAAUGCCGAACAGAAAUCUUGUUAGUUACAAUUCAUUGAUUUCUGGGUUUUCCCAAUAUGGAUUUUUCAAAGAAUCAAUAAAUAUCUUUAAGAAAAUGCUAAAUGAAUGUGAUCAUUUGGUUAUUGAUCGCUAUACGGUUGUUAGUAUUGUUGGUGCCUGUGCUUGCUUAGGUGCAUUGAAAUUGUUGUGUCAAGUGCAUGGUUUUAUGAUAGUUUUUGGUUUGGAGUUGGAUUUGAUUGUUUACAAUGCUUUGAUUGAUGCCUACGGGAAGUGUGGGGAGGUGAAUAGUGCUUAUAGGAUUUUUUGUCGAAUGAGUGAAAGGGAUGUUGUUUCAUGGACUUCUAUGGUGGUUGCUUAUGCUAAAGUGUCUAGGUUGGAGGAUGCUCAUCGUUUAUUUAAUGAAAUGCCGGUUAAAAAUACAGUAUCUUGGACUGGUUUAAUCACAGGGUUUGCACAAAAUGGGCGUGGAAAUGAAGCAUUGAAUCUUUUUUGGCAGAUGUUGGAGGAAAGAGUGCAGCCUAAUGCUUAUACAUUUGUUUGUGUUUUAAGUGCUUGUGCGGAUUUAGCACGAAUUGAAAUAGGUAAACAGAUCCAUGGACACAUAGUUAGAGUUAGCAGUAGAUGUGAUUCAUUAAAUGAGUUUGUUUUUAAUGCUUUAAUUGACAUGUACUGCAAGUGUGGAGACAUGAAUUCAGCUAAAUUAUUGUUUGCAAGGAUAAGUAAGAAGGAUGUUGUCUCAUGGAACUCAUUAAUAACUGGGCUUGCUCAGAAUGGGCAUGGAGAGGAAUCACUUGAUGUGUUCAAAAUGAUGAUAAAAGCAAACAUAAAACCCAAUCAUGUAACAUUUCUUGGGGCAUUAUCUGCUUGUAAUCACACAGGUCUAGUGUCCGAAGGAUUGAGGAUUUUAGACUUGAUGGAAAAGGAUUUUGGUGUAAUCCCUAGGUCUGAUCAUUAUGCAAUCUUGAGUGAUUUGCUUGGAAGGAAAAACAGGCUUGAGGAGGCAAUGAGUAUGAUUGAGAGAACUCCUAAUGGACCAAAUCAUGUUUGCAUGUGGGGCGCUAUUUUGGGUGCUUGUCGUGUCCAUGGGAACUUAGGUCUUGCUAGGAGGGCAGCAGAGGCUCUAUUUGAACUGGAACCACGAAAUGCUGCCAGAUAUGUAAUGUUAUCAAAUGUCUAUGCUGCAGCUAGAAGAUGGGAUGAUGCUAAAGCAGUGAGAAGGCUCAUGGAGGAGAGAGGUCUAAGUAAAGAAGCUGCUUAUAGUUGGAUUGAGGUGAGGAAUGUACAACAUGAGUUUGUGGCGAAAGACAAGGGCCAUUCUCAGAUAGAAGAAAUAUCUGAAGUGAUUGUCAAACUGGUAGAUCAUAUGAAGGAUGCUGGGUAUGUACCCCUCAGUGAUGGUGCUUUGUUUCCUGAUGAAGGUGUAUCUUAAACUUUUUUAUGUAGAUGACCAAUAAAUGAUACUGGAGGUGAUGCUCACCACUUUCCAGCUAACCAUUGCAUCCUUGACACUUGCUUUCUUUUAUGGAAAUCCCAAAUUUUAGUUUGAGGGGAUUCUUCAUAGAGCUAAUAUGUAGCUCUGAUUAUGAAGCUCCAGCUGGGAUCAUGUUGAAGAUCUAUUUGUCAUUUUUCUAAACUUCUGCUAUUGGAAACCUGUGUAUCCCUGGUGUUAUUGAUUUCUUGCCAAACCAUUUGUCAGUAUCUUUGGUUAAGGGCUGAGAAUGUAGUAUGAAAACAUCAGUUUAUGGCAUCAGAUUCCCACAUUUUUAAGUAUGAGUUUUGCAGCUUCAAGGAUACCUAAGCUGUCCAGAUGGCCAUGCCUUCUUAUAAUUCUAAAUUUACCUGACGCAUUUAUGAUAUCAUAUGCAUUAAGCCACAGUUGUGUGAUCCAAUCACGGGUAUUUCCAGUGUCAUGAUUGAUGAGCAUUAAAUGGGUUUUGAGCUCAUGAUUAACAACAGAUUAGCUACAAUUUGAGUCAACUGUUGUUCAGUUAUUACAGCAUCAACUUUUCCCAUGAAGUCGGACUCUCCAUAGAACAAAGAGAAGAAAAAAUUAUAGGCAGUGGCAACUGGUAAUUUGUUAUCAAGAUACACUCUUACACCAGUUGUUCAAGCAAGUUCAGUAUG